AUGAAGUCUCUUACUGAGCAUAAUAAGUACGGUUUCGUCGGGAAUUCAUUCUUUUGGAUUAAAAUAUCACUUAUUGUACUCCCAAUUAUAACGCUUAUUUAUUCAAUUUUAAUCGCAGCUCAACAAGGAAAUGGAUUAUUCAAAAAAUCAGUAGGAACGGCUCCAAUUGCAUGCCAUAUCUUAUUACUUAUAUUCUGCAUUGCAUCAAUAUGCACUGCAAUCCUUUAUAACUUUCACUUAUUAAAAUUUGCAAUACUUAGUUACGUUCAUUAUAUCGUUACAGCAAUUGGAAUUCUUUUUGCCGCUAUUUGUCUAAUGUUUUUAAGCCCAGCUGCUUAUUAUUCUUCAUACAAUAGCGUAAGUGAGUAUGCAAAUCAAUUUUCUUCACAAGAUCCUCAAGCUCUUACUUGGGUUCAAUAUUAUAAUACAACAGGAAACUACUAUGAUGCUUACAACUACGUUCUGAAACGCACAUUAAGAUUUUAUAACCCGAUGAAAACUCUUUUUGCUCUUUGGCUUGGUGUAUUCUUCUUUUCAUUAGUCCAAGGCGUUUAUAUCGAUGAAAAGUUGUCACAUGAAACAGUAGAAAAAGAACAACCACAGGAAGCAACUCCAAAAGAGCAAUCUCAACAAUAG